ACCAUAGAUGUGAUUUUUGUUCCAUUAACAAAUUUUGUUAAACUCAAAUUUGUAUUAUAGGUUGCUGUUGUUAAAAUGAAGAACACUGAACGAAUUUACGCCAUGAAAAUUCUCAACAAGUGGGAGAUGCUUAAAAGAGCAGAGACCGCCUGUUUCCGGGAGGAGCGUGAUGUGCUAGUGAAGGGCGACUGCCAGUGGAUCACCGCGCUGCACUACGCCUUCCAGGACGAGAACUACCUGUACCUGGUCAUGGAUUACUACGUGGGUGGUGAUUUGCUGACACUACUUAGUAAAUUUGAAGACAAGCUUCCAGAAGACAUGGCAAGGUUCUAUAUUGGUGAGAUGGUGCUGGCCAUUGACUCCAUCCACCAGCUUCAUUAUGUGCACAGAGACAUUAAACCUGACAAUGUCCUUUUGGAUGUGAAUGGUCAUAUCCGCCUGGCUGACUUUGGAUCCUGUUUGAAGAUGAACGAUGAUGGAACUGUUCAGUCCUCUGUGGCGGUGGGCACACCUGACUACAUUUCACCCGAGAUCCUGCAGGCCAUGGAGGAUGGCAUGGGCAAAUAUGGGCCUGAAUGUGACUGGUGGUCCCUGGGCGUCUGCAUGUACGAGAUGCUUUAUGGAGAAACACCGUUUUAUGCAGAGUCACUUGUAGAGACGUAUGGGAAAAUCAUGAACCAUGAGGAGCGAUUUCAAUUCCCUUCCCAUGUCACGGAUGUCUCUGAAGAAGCGAAAGACCUCAUUCAGAGAUUGAUCUGCAGCAGAGAGCGUCGGCUAGGGCAGAAUGGAAUAGAGGACUUUAAGAAACAUGCGUUUUUUGAAGGUCUAAACUGGGAAAAUAUACGAAACCUAGAAGCACCUUACAUUCCUGAUGUGAGCAGCCCUUCUGACACAUCCAACUUCGACGUGGAUGACGAUGUGCUGAGAAACGCUGAAAUAUUACCUCCCGGCUCUCACACCGGCUUCUCUGGAUUGCAUUUGCCCUUCAUUGGCUUCACAUUCACAACAGAAAGCUGCUUUUCCGACCGUGGCUCUCUGAAGAGCGUGAUGCAAUCUAACACAUUAACCAAAGAUGAGGAUGUGCAGCGGGACUUGGAGAACAGCUUGCAAGUUGAAGCUUAUGAGAGGAGGAUACGAAGACUGGAACAGGAAAAGCUGGAGCUGAGCCGGAAGCUGCAGGAGUCCACACAGACCGUGCAGUCCCUUCAUGCUGCCACACGGGCCCUGGGCAACUCCAACCGAGACAAGGAAAUCAAAAGGCUAAAUGAAGAAAUUGAGCAUCUGAGGAACAAAAUGGCAGAUUCAAAUAGGCUAGAACGACAGCUGGAGGACACAGUGACACUUCGCCAAGAGCACGAGGACUCCACACACCGGCUAAAGGGCCUAGAAAAGCAGUACCGACUGGCGCGGCAGGAGAAGGAGGACUUCCACAAGCAAUUGAUUGAAGCUUCAGAAAGAUUGAAAUCCCAGACCAAAGAACUCAAAGAUGCCCAUCAGCAGCGAAAGCGGGCCCUGCAGGAGUUCUCGGACCUCAAUGAGCGCAUGGCAGAGCUCCGCUCCCAGAAACAGAAGGUGUCCCGGCAGCUCCGGGACAAAGAGGAGGAGAUGGAUGGGGCCAUGCAGAAGAUCGACUCCCUGAGGCAGGAGAUCCGCAAAUCUGAGAAGUUCAGGAAAGAGCUGGAAGUGCAGCUGGAAGACGCCCUAGCUGAGGCCUCCAAGGAGCGCAAGCUUCGCGAGCACAGUGAGAGUUUCUGCAAGCAGAUGGAGAGCGAGCUCGAGGCCCUCAAGGUAAAGCAAGGAGGUCGAGGGUCAGGGGCCACUUUGGAACACCAGCAAGAGAUUUCCAAAAUCAAAUCAGAGCUGGAGAAGAAGGUCUUGUUUUAUGAGGAAGAGCUGGUCCGCCGGGAGGCGUCCCACGUGCUGGAAGUGAAGACUGUGAAGAAGGAGGUGCAUGACUCCGAAAGUCACCAGCUGGCACUGCAGAAAGAAAUUUUAAUGUUAAAAGACAAAUUGGAAAAAUCAAAACGAGAACGGCACAGUGAGAUGGAGGAGGCGAUAGGCACUGUGAAAGACAAGUACGAGCGAGAACGGGCGAUACUGUCGGAGGAGAACAAGAAGCUAACUGCUGAGAAUGAAAAGCUCUGUGCCUUUGUGGAUAAGCUCACAGCCCAGAACAGACAGCUGGAGGAUGAGCUGCAGGAUCUGGCAGCCAAGAAGGAGUCAGUGGCACACUGGGAAGCUCAGAUUGCAGAGAUCAUUCAGUGGGUUAGUGACGAGAAAGAUGCCCGGGGUUAUCUUCAAGCCCUGGCCUCUAAGAUGACUGAAGAGCUCGAGACUUUGAGGAGUUCUAGUCUGGGAUCAAGAACACUGGACCCACUUUGGAAAGUUCGCCGUAGCCAGAAACUGGACAUGUCUGCACGGCUAGAACUGCAGUCUGCCCUUGAGGCGGAGAUCCGUGCCAAGCAGCUCAUCCAGGAAGAACUGAGGAAGGUCAAAGACACCAAUCUCUCCUUUGAAAGUAAACUAAAGGAUUCUGAAGCCAAAAACAGAGAAUUACUAGAAGAAAUGGAAAUUCUGAAGAAAAAGAUGGAAGAAAAAUUUAGAGCAGAUACCGGGCUCAAGCUUCCAGAUUUUCAGGAUUCCAUUUUCGAGUAUUUCAACACUGCACCUCUUGCACAUGACCUGACAUUUAGAACUAGUUCAGCCAGUGAGCAAGAAGCACAGGCGCCAAAGACAGAAGUAUCCCCAUCAGUUUCUGUGGCCGCAGGCACAGAGCAGCAAGAGGACACGACUCGGCCCCCACAGAGGCCACCUGCUGUGUCGCUGCCCACCACACAGGCCCUCGCCCUGGCUGGACCAAAGCCCAAAGCUCAUCAGUUCAGCAUCAAGUCCUUCUCCAGCCCCACUCAGUGCAGCCACUGCACCUCGCUGAUGGUUGGACUGAUCCGCCAGGGAUACGCCUGUGAGGUGUGUGCGUUUGCCUGCCAUGCGUCCUGCAGAGACAGUGCUCCCCAGGUGUGCCCCAUCCCACCUGAACAGUCCAAGAGGCCUCUUGGCGUGGAUGUACAGAGAGGCAUAGGAACGGCCUACAAGGGUUGUGUCAAGGUCCCAAAGCCCACGGGGGUGAAGAAGGGAUGGCAGCGGGCCUAUGCUGUGGUCUGUGACUGCAAGCUCUUUCUGUACGACCUGCCUGAGGGAAAGUCCACCCAGCCAGGCGUCGUCGCGAGCCAAGUCCUGGACCUCAGGGAUGACGAGUUUUCAGUAAGCUCAGUCCUGGCCUCAGAUGUCAUCCACGCAACACGCCGAGACAUUCCCUGUAUAUUCAGGGUGACAGCCUCUCUCUUAGGUUCACCUGCUAAGAACAGCUCGCUGCUCAUUCUGACAGAGAAUGAGAACGAGAAGAGGAAGUGGGUAGGGAUCCUGGAAGGACUCCAGUCCAUCCUCCAUAAAAACCGGCUCAGGAACCAGGUCGUGCACGUCCCCCAGGAAGCCUACGACAGCACACUGCCACUCAUCAAGGCCAUCCUCACUGCUGCCAUCGUGGAUGGAGACAGGAUUGCUGUCGGCCUGGAAGAAGGGCUCUAUGUCAUCGAGGUCACCCGGGAUGUGAUCGUCCGUGCUGCUGAUUGUAAAAAGGUGUACCAGAUUGAGCUUGCACCCAAGGAGAAAAUUGUCAUCCUCCUCUGUGGGCGGAACCACCACGUGCACCUCUGUCCAUGGUCUUCCUUUGACGGAGCAGAAGGCAACUUUGACAUCAAGCUUCCGGAAACCAAGGGCUGCCAGCUUAUAGCCACCGCGACUCUAAGAAAGAGCUCCUCCACCUGUUUGUUUGUUGCGGUGAAGCGGCUGGUCCUCUGCUACGAGAUCCAGAGAACUAAGCCUUUCCACAGGAAGUUCAGUGAGCUGGUGGCUCCGGGACAUGUGCAGUGGAUGGCCGUGUUCAAGGACAGGCUCUGUGUCGGCUACCCUUCUGGGUUCUCUCUGUUGAGCAUCCAGGGGGACGGGCCGUCUCUAGACCUGGUAAAUCCCACUGACCCCUCGCUUGCGUUCCUCUCACAGCAGUCUUUCGAUGCCCUUUGUGCUGUGGAGCUCAAAAGUGAGGAGUACCUGCUUUGCUUCAGCCACAUGGGACUGUACGUGGACCCUCAAGGCCGGAGGUCACGCAUGCAGGAGCUCAUGUGGCCUGCGGCUCCUGUCGCCUGUAGCUGCAGCGGCUCCCACGUUACCGUGUACAGUGAGUACGGCGUGGACGUCUUCGACGUGUGCACCAUGGAGUGGGUGCAGACCAUCGGCCUGCGGAGGAUAAGGCCCCUGAACUCUGACGGCAGCCUCAACCUCCUUGGUUGUGAGCCUCCGCGCCUUAUCUACUUCAAGAACAAGUCCUCAGGAACGGUCCUCAAUGUGCCAGACACCUCAGACAGCAGCAAGAAGCAGAUGCUCCGGACUCGAAGCAAACGGCGUUUUGUCUUCAAGGUGCCAGAGGAGGAGAGGCUGCAGCAGAGGCGAGAGAUGCUCAGAGACCCAGAAUUGAGGUCCAAGAUGAUAUCCAACCCCACCAACUUCAACCACGUGGCCCACAUGGGCCCGGGCGACGGGAUGCAGGUGCUCAUGGACCUGCCUCUGAGUGCUGCACCGCUCACCCAGGAGGAGAGGCCUGGCCCUGCCCCUGCCAGCCUGGCCCGGCAGCCUCCCUGCAGGAGCAAGCCCUACGUCUCCUGGCCCUCCUCAGGUGGUCCAGAGCCUGGAGGGACCGUACCUCUGAGGAGCAUGUCCGACCCCGACCAGGACUUUGACAAAGAGCCUGACUCGGAUUCCACCAAACACUCAACUCCCUCAAACAGCUCCAACCCCAGCGGCCCGCCGAGCCCCAACUCGCCCCACAGGAGCCAGCUCCCCCUCGAAGGCCUGGAGCAGCCAACCUGUGACGCCUGAGACUACCAGAGCACCACGGUGGGGUCAGGGAGCCGGGAUAGCCCCAGCAUCAGUGCCAAGACUGAGCUGACCCUCCAGUGUUGUCCAAGGAAAUGUAGAUCCGUUUGUAGAUAUGGAGAUGGAGAAAAGUCUUUAUUAGAGUAAUGGUCAGUUUUACACCACGUCAUGCGUGGCAUAGACCAGAUCUGUUUGUCUGCACAGCCGUGAGGCGACUCUUCUGUUUGCACAUGAAGGACCACCACACACUUCCCUCCCACCCAAAGCCAGCCGGGAAGGCUGUGGGGUGCUGCUGGCUGCCUCAGUAGAGCCCCCUGAGAACCAGCCACUGGGGACAGCAGGCGGCUGGGGACGCAGCCUCAGGGCCUAGUCUCUACCCUGGCUCCUGAGGCUGCGUCUGAGACCAGAGGGCAAGAGUAGGAGCCCUGAGUCGUUCCCAGCGUCACUAGCGUUUGAGGACAGGAACGUGGAGGUCAGCUGUGGAAGUCCUGGUGGUGACCGUGUCCCUGUGAGCAGAGUACUCUAGGUCACAGCCGUGUGGUGCCAGCAGCACCAGCGCCACGAAGGCAGCUGCACUUCCACUUGCCACCAGGCGCCCGCCUCCUGCCACAGCCAGCGUCACCUACAGGCACGCCCUGUGGCCUUCCCUUUCCGCCCUGCAUGGAGCCCCGUGAUUAGUAGCCCGUGUGAAUCACGUAGACUCGCCCAACACUCCUGCACAUCAGCCCAGCUCACAGCGCGUGACGCCUGUGCGUUUAACCUCACCCCUCUGUGUCCCGUGUUGAGUGACCAGGUCUGUGGCCCUGUCUCACUGAGGCUUGUGAUUCACUGUGGUAGCAGAUGCAGCUUGUCACAGCUGGAGACUGGGCUCCCAUCUCCCACAAGGUGCGCUUGGCUGGGUGGGCACUGAGGGAUGUGGCACCGCUGGCUGUCACACCCAGCACCUGCCUGCCCUCCCCGCCCUCCUGGGCCUCACGCUGGGCGGGCACCUGCUGGGGGUUCUGGUUUUUACUUUUUUAAUGUAAGUCUGAGUCUUUGUAAUUAUUGAAUUGUGAGAACAUUUUUGAAUAAUUUACCUGUCAAUAAAGCAGGAGAUGGCAAUUUUAAUGUU